AUGGAUGACGAUAUAGGUGAGCGAACUCCAGCUCUCGGAGGAUCAUGUGGUCCUUCAGUUCGAGCUCACAGUUCCUCACCGCGUCGAGUUCCACUUUUCGAACGUGCGUCGGCUCGUUGGUGGAAUCCACAAUUCCGAUCGCCAACUCUUGAAGCACAAUAUUGGAAGUGUAGUUUCAGUCAACUUCGAGAUCGCUUCAGAUCUGGUCUUGUUUAUAUUGGAAUUGUUGCGCUUGCCUGGUCUUUAUAUCUGGCAAACACUAAUGGACCUUCAAUUCAACACACUGUAUGUUUGAUUUUCAUAUUUACAUUUGUAUACUUAUGUAUGUUUUGUAUAUAUUUUAUAUUAUUGUUGUUGGUGUCGAAGCAAAAAUUACGCGUUUUUUUGGAAAACGCACACACACACACAUACACAAUUUGCAUGACAUUCGAAAGAAGUUUUUUCUUGUUGCUGCUCCGCUUGAGCCACAAAAAUCUGCCAAAAGUCAACUGUUGUUCGAUGUGUCUAUAAAUAACUAUUCUUUCUUCUUUCUUUUCUCAUCCAAUCUUCUUCUUCUUCUUUUUUUCUUGUUGAAAACUCAUGCACACAGCGAAGAAGAAAAAAAAGAAUCAAUUUCCUGCUUGAAAAAAAAGAAGAAGCUGAAGCUGAAGAAAAAGAAGAGAAAAUGUUGGGUAUGAAGAAGAAAAAAAGAAACCCCUCGAGAAUUUAUUGGCAAAUUUGGUAUUUAUAGAAAUGGGCCAUGAGAAAUAAGCAAUAAAUGUUGCGGUUUAGAAAGAACUACAUAAUUUUAAUUUGGGGGGAAUAAUAUAUUCAAAAAAAAUUGAAAAAAAAUUAAAGCUUCUGAAAUUACAGGUUGUCUCAAUAUGUUUGAUCGCUGCAAUUUUGGCAAUGUAUGCUUUCACAAAAUGCACAUCACAAUAUCAAAGGUAACAAUUAUUUUGGGAGAAUUUAUGGAUCUUUUGAAGGAACGGUAGAAUAAAUCUUGGCUCCAAAGAAAAUCUGAGAAGGGAAUGAAUUCUAUCUCAAAAGAUGACAUUCCCAAAAUAGAUCGAAAAAAAAAAUUUAAUAAAUUUUUGAAACGUAAAAUUCCCAGGAAAUUUUUAGAUCAGAAUUUUGUGCUGACAAUGAAAAUCACUUGUUUUUUCACUGGCUUCAUGAUUUUCAGCGCAAAAGUUAAGCCUAGAUUCAAUUUUCCAAAAUGAGUCGAACUUUUUUUAGAUCCGGAAACAAUCACUGAAUAUUUGAAACAGUAAAAAAUUCCCGGGAAAUUUCUAGAUCAGAAUUUUGUGCUGGAAAUCUCGGAAUUCUUCAUUUUCAGCCAAUUUUCAGUUAAUUUAAUUGUAAGCUUACUAGGCCUAAACUUGAAACUUGCUCUGAAAAUUUAUUUAAUUUUUCAAAUAAAUUCUCAUUGUCAGAAAUUCCCACAUGAUUCGAUCUGUAAUUUUAACUAUUCUAUCAGAAUUUCCAAAAAAAAAAUUCCAGGUUCUACAUGCCAACCUCAUUUCUGUGCACAUUUUUAAUUUGCCUCGUAACACUUUUAAUUUUCUCUGCUGAAACUCAACAAAGCGGAGCAUUCAUGAAACCAGUCGCUUGUCUCGCUACCAGUUUUCAGGUUUGUUAUUCAGAUAUAUUCAAAAAAAAAUCUAAUCUAGUUUUUUUGCAGGUUGUUCUUCUGAUCUACACAGUAAUCCCAUUACCAUUAUAUCUUUGUAUUUUGAUUGGUUGUGUUUAUUCGAUACUUUUCGAGAUUUUGAACAAAAUUCCACUGGGAUUUAAUGAAGGAUACAUCAAACUAGUUCUUCAUGCUGGUGUUCAUUUAUUGGGUGUUCAUUUAUUCAUUUUGACACAAGUAUGUGAUAUUUAUAGAUUGCCAAAAAGAAAAUAAUUAUUUGUAGGUCAGACAACGAAAAACAUUUUUGAAAGUCGGGCAAUCAAUGUUGGCUCGAAAAGAUUUGGAACUUGAAACACAGUUCAAAGAUCACAUGAUUCAAUCUGUGAUGCCCAAAAAAGUAGCAGAUGAAUUAUUAAAAGAUGCGUCAGAACUUCGAAGGCCUUCAGCUAGCAACGAUUCGAAUUGUAGAACUUCGAAUGCAACACAAGUAGAACGUGAGUGAACAAAAGACUGUAGUUGAAAUAUCCAAUAUUUUUCAGAACCUAUUGCCAAAAUGGUGCCGGAAUAUAGAAAAUUCCGACCAUUCACAAUGAAUCUUAUGACUGAUGUUUCAAUUCUUUUCGCUGAUAUUGCUGGAUUCACAAAAAUGUCAUCAAAUAAAUCUGCCGACGAACUUGUCAAUUUAUUAAACGAUCUUUUCGGAAGAUUUGAUCUUUUGUGUCGAAAUCGAGGAUUGGAAAAGAUCAGUACACUUGGUGAUUGUUACUAUUGUGUUGCUGGAUGUCCAGAACCUUGUGAUGAUCAUGCUUGUAGAACUGUUGAUAUGGGAUUAGAUAUGAUUGUCGCAAUUCGACAAUUCGAUAUUGAUCGAGGACAAGAAGUUAAUAUGCGUGUUGGAAUUCACACUGGUAAAGUUAUGUGUGGAAUGGUUGGAACCAAAAGAUUCAAAUUCGAUGUAUUUUCAAAUGAUGUUACAUUAGCUAAUGAAAUGGAAUCAUCUGGUGUUGCUGGAAGAGUUCACGUCUCAGAAGCUACUGCAAAACUAUUAAAAGGUCUUUAUCAUAUUGAAGAAGGACCAGAUUAUGAUGGACCACUAAGAAUGCAAGUUCAAGGAACAGAAAGAAGAGUCAAACCAGAAAGUAUGAAAACAUUUUUCAUCAAAGGAAGAAUCAAUGAGAAUGUUGAAGAAGAAGUUGUGACAGUUCAAGAAGUUGAAUCGUUGCAAAGUCAUAAGAGUUCCAAAAAAUCAACACUCAAACAAAAACUUGCUGAAAAAUUGAAAAUGAAUCAUACAAAUUCAUAUCCAAUCAGAACAGCAGUUCGAGAAGGCGGAGGAAGUUUGAGAAUCAAAUUAGCUGAAAGAAAUAGAAGUACACAAAUGCUGCAAAAAGAAUCGAAUUCAAUUUGUGUAAUGGAAGAUAAUCGAAAAAGUGCAUCACUUCAAGCUUUGGCUACAAAUAAUUUCAAUGGAAGUACAACUGAUACAAAUAAUACAUAUAGUGAUCGAGUGAUUGAUAAUAGAAAAUAUGGUGGAACUGGAAGUGGCAGCAAUAGUAUAAAAGGAAGUCGAAGUAGUGGAUUACAAUUAUCAUUGCAAGAUGGAAAUAGUGAUUUGAACAGUGUUGGUGGAUUAGAUACUGCUAUUUCACAUCAUCAUAAUGCUGCUUCACUCACAAGAUUUGAUACGGAUAAUAAUUUUGAUCAACGAUUAGCAAUGGUUAUUGGACAAGGAGAAGUUGGAUUUGAUAAAGGAUUUUGGGGACAUCACGAUAGUUUGAAUAAAUGGACAUUACGAUUCAACGAGAAAGAUGUUGAACAAGAAUAUCGAGCACAUUUUGUUGAUUCGGCUGAAAGAUAUACUAAUUCGAAAAAAUCACAUGUUGAAAGACAUCGAGAAUUAGUUGAAGAAGGAAGAGGAGAAGAUGAGAUGGUUGCAAAUUCAGCUGUCAAUAAAUAUCGAUAUUCUGGAGUUUUUAUUGAUAUAAUUGUUGCUGCAUUUAUAUUUGUUAUUGCUGCAUUGGCUGCAAUUAUGUCUGUACGACCAAUUAGAAUUGCAUUGAUUGCAUAUGUCCCAAUUGCUGCUGCAAUUCUUGUUCUAACAAUUGUUUUGAUUGGUCUUCCACUUCUAAGUCGAAAAACUAGUAUGCCAUGUGUUAAUCAAUGGAUGCCUCGACAUCUCAUCGGAUUAUUAUUGAUAUUUUUGCCAGUCGGAGUUGCGAUUUGUAUAAUGCCCCUUUGUUCGGUCGUCGAUUGUGCCGAAACUGUCGUGAAUCAUCGAUUGGUUUUCAGUUAUGUAACAAUUCUUGCCAUUUUUGCGCAUUGUAAUUUCUCGCAACUUGCCGCCUGGCCAAAAACUACUGUAGCUGUUAUUAUUGGACUUCUUCAUAUUGCUGGCGUUUAUUAUUGUCACCAGAAUUUGUUAGGUCUUGAACAAAAGGUUGGUUUUAAAAAAUACCGUGUAACUGAAAGACAGCUAACCAAUUGAUAACAAUUCCACUUUUGCAGUUGGAAACGUGCAAUUUCACAACAACCGUAACACCAACACGUCGAGGUUUUCCACAAACAAGCGCAAGAAACGCAACGAGUACUAUCGAAGAUGGUGGAAUAGGCUUGGUAUUAUUAGCUGAACUGUUUUUGGAUGUUGCGUUAUCCAUUUUCCUUGUUGCUUUCUUGAAUUAUCAGGUUAGUUUUCUCAAAAUCUUAAAUAAUUAUCAACAAAAUCGAGAGUUUCAGUUCGAAGCUGCAUUCCGAAUGUCAUUCUUUGGAGAUGUUCAAGCUCGUCGAGACACUGAAUCAAUGCAAAUUGUCCGUGAUCAAGCUGAUUGGUUGCUUAACAACGUCAUCCCUGCACAUGCCGUGGAAUCAUUGAAAACUGACACAAAAUAUUCAGAAAAUCAUCAAUCAGUUGCUGUUCUUUUUGCGGCAAUCACAAAUUGGAAUGAUAUGUAUGAAGAAAACUUUGAAGGAGGUCGCGAAUUUCUACGAGUUUUGAAUGAAGUUAUUGGUGAUUUUGAUGAACAAUUAGAUCGACCUGAAUUUACACACAUUGAAAAAAUCAAAACAAUCGGAGCUGCUUAUAUGGCAGCUAGUGGUUUGAAUCCUGAACGGAAGAAGAAUAUGCAACAUCCCAAAGAGCAUUUGUAUCAGGUAAGGAAAACACCACAGAUCUUUCAAUCAAUCAAAUCCUAAUUUCUUUUCAGAUGGUUGAAUUCGCUUUGCAAAUUCAGCAUGUUUUAAGUGUUUUCAACGAAGAUCUUUUGAAUUUCGAUUUCGUUUGUAAACUUGGAUUGAAUAUCGGGCCGGUAACAGCUGGUGUUAUUGGAACAACAAAACUUUAUUAUGAUAUUUGGGGAGAUACUGUCAAUAUUGCUAGUAGAAUGUACAGUACUGGAGUAUUGAAUAGAAUUCAGGUUAGCAAAUCUCAUCAAUUUUCUAAUGUUCCAUUAUUCGAAUUUUUAGGUAUCACAACAUACUCGCGAUCUUCUCCUCGAUCGAUAUGAAUUCGAAUAUCGCGAUCAUAUUGAAGUUAAAGGAAUUGACGGUGGAAUGGAUACAUAUUUACUUGUUGGUCGAAAAGGAGAAGGAAUUCCACCACAAAUUUCUGACAAAUCAGCUGAAGACCAAUUCUAG